AUGGUUGGAAGCAUGAAGACGAGAGGCAAACCCGCCGCGAUGGCUAAAUCCGCGACGGCCCAAAGCCACUUCGCCCACGAUCCAGCGAUCGACAUGGUGGCACCACUACCUCUCACCACCGCACCGGCCACCGCCGCUGAACAUGGUGGAACCUCCUAUCAAGGUGGGCUUGUUACCACCGCCGACUUAGGCCCGGUCUUGGAGCAACUUCAAGUGUUCCCUCCAUUGCCUCCACGCUUGACACAUGCUCCCGCGCACACCUCCAAUUAA